AUGAGUGGCCGCGGUAGCGCUGCUGCUCCAUCUAGUAGGCCAGUCACGCCUAUGGAUCAGACGCUUGUGACUCGUCCUGUUCCACGGCGUUGCGGUUUUGUUACUCGAUCCUUUGGGCCUGGCGCCGCCAGCGACAUUCGCAGUCGUGUUUGUUCUAUCCGCGACCUUCUAGAUUCAGCAGAUGAGACAACUUACACACCCGCACGUCGCGGUAAAUUUACAAUGAGCUAUUCCCCCAGCGGCGACGAUGUGCGUCAUCUGCUCAAGGAGUGCGCGGAAUGGGAGUUGGCGAGCUUCCGCUCUGACGAGAGAAUGCCACCGCCCGAUCCCACUUGGGGCUUCACAGUCUUUGUCACUGCAUAUGAUGAGUUGUCUCGAAAACAACUGCAGCAGGCCAUGCAGAAUUGGCUUCGUGUACAAGAGCGCGAGCUUGCAAAUGGGUACACGCUGCCAGCAUUCGCGACCGAGGCAUGGAAACGGUUCAAGCUAGACAUUAUCGAGGAUCAAGAAGCGCUCGACGAAGCCUCUGAUGAUCGUGUUCGUGCCGGGUUUCGCGCACUUGUUCGGAGUAAGGAACUCUCGGACGAUGAGGACCAGUUCCUUCCCCCGGCGCGUAACUUGGCAUGCCUGGUCCUCGAUGCAGCUGCCAUCACAAUGUUGGCUCAACUCAAGUUUCCCGAGGAGCUUGAAGACGAUCGAGAAGCUUUCAAAGACAAAAGAGUUACAGCAAUUGAUAUCCAAUGGAACAGACCGCAGACCUCAACAAGCACCUACAGAGGAACAGGUCAACUGUCCAUAAACGCUCUUGCCCGUUUCUACUAUCUUGUCACAUCAGGCCCGGACCUUCAAUGUAUGCAAGAUAUGCAUCCUCUCGACGUAGUUCCAUAG